UCCUAACCUAACCUAACCUAAUUUAACCUCCCUCCUCAAUGCGUAGCUACAAAGUACCGCAUGGAAAUUUUCUGUGAAGGUUCGCUGUGUCAUCUUCUAUCAAAACAACAUGGACAGCGAGAAUACGAUGAAACUCGAAUUUCAACACUCGAGAAAACGAAAGAGCAAAAAAGAAACGACCAAAGAUGUAGACAACGUAGAUAGUAAUGAGCAUGUUAUUAAAAAAAAACAAAUUGGAAAAAGAAAGAAAAAAUCUAUAGUAGUACAAGAAAUUAAAGCAGACAGCACAUCAGAAAAAAAAUUUGAAAAUACCAGAAGCAAGUAUUCUUCCAAUGAAAAUACUGUGAAAGAAGAUGUUGAAGAAAAUACAUCAAUUCCAACAAAACUGUCAAAGAGACAGUUAAAAAGGGAGAGAGUUAUUCAGAUAGCAGCUGAAAAGAUACAGAAUAGUAAGAAAAAUGCUCAGCAAAAGGCACUAAACUAUGUAACUAUGUGGAAGCAUUCCAGAAGUGAGUGGAAAUUCGAAAAAAUCAGGCAAAUUUGGCUGAUAGAUAACUUGCUAGAUGAAAACUCUAUUCCCAACACAACUUUUCCUAUCGCUCUUGAAUACUUUGAAGGUUGCAAGGGCAUGGCUCGAGAACUAUUGUUACAAAGAGGAAUGGAAGUUAUAAGAAAAGCAGAGGAGGAACAGGACGAAGAAAAUAAGAAUGAGAUUAUGACCUCAGUCGCUUAUGUGAGAGCCAGACAACUUUUACAGGCUUUACCGACUGAUAGAUAGUUCCAAAUUUACGAAAUGUUUACCAAGAUAAAGAUUAUAUUGAAGAUUAGCACUAAAGACUUUUACUAUGUGUCACUUUUGAUACACAUGUGGUAACUAUUUUUACAAACAUUAGGAAAAGUAUAUUAUACGUUUUUUGCUAGUGACAUUAUUAAUUCAACAUCACUUUAGUGAUUAACAUAAAAAUUUAGAGAAAAUGAUCUGUUUAACAAAUUUCAAUCAUUUUAAUAAGAGAAUGGUAAAAAAACCGCGGAGCCUCUGGUCCAAGAAGGAGGUGGACAUUCAAUUUAAACGUAAAAAACUACAAUGUAUUUAAGGACGUUUCGAUCAUUUAUUGUUGAUCAUCUUCAGCACUGUUCAAUAACAAAA